AUGGCGACCAAGGGUGGUCUUCUCUCUCCGGAGUCAACGUACGGCGAAUCUACACAGCGGUCAAGACUACAUCGCUUGAGACGAUGGAGGCGAGCUCUUUGCGCCCUCCUCCUGGUAGGAGCGCUUGCAGUCCUGAUGCAAGCCGCAUCCAAGGCCAAUAUUGUGCUUUAUACACUUGAUUCAACUGAGUCAGAUGUGUUCAAUGAAGGGAUAAAGAGAUGUUAUGAAGCUCGGAGUCGGAGCCACAAUCGAGUCGCCGCGGGUAACAGGCUAAACAGGCGGUGGAAUCCAAUCUCGGGCCAAAGGGGCGAUAUUGUUAUACAGAAUGCGACUCUCUUUGACGGAGAUUCCACCCUCGACGGGACAUUCGAUAUUCAUUUUUCGUCUGGUGUGGUCCGAUCAGUAUCUCCCACUCGCUUGAACCAUCCUACUCCAGAGGGUGCUCGUGUUAUCAAUGUCCACAGGAGGUUCAUUACCCCUGGGCUGGUGGACAUGCAUUCCCACCAUUUGUUGCUCCCAUUUCCACAGCUUCCAGCUACGAAUGAUGUCAACGAGCGUCCGCUCCUUGGUCCUAUCACCCCAUUUGUCCGCGCCAUAGAUGGCUUUAAGCCGUACGAUCCUGCCAUCAAAAUCAUCGCUUCUGGGGGCGUCACUUCCUCACUCGUUCUACCUGGGUCGGCGAACAUUAUCGGAGGAGAAGCGUACAUGGUCAAAAAUCUGCCCUUAUCCGGAGCAGCCGGAGAACCCGUCGUGGAGGAGUUGCUCUUGGAAUACGGUCUACCCGAGAAAGAUCGCCAGCGAUACCUCAAAAUGGCCUGUGGCGAGAACCCGAAGAGGGUGUACGGCAACACCAGGCUUGGCCUCACCUGGCUUUUGCGCAAACGUCUGGAGGAGGCGCGGGAGUUACACGAGAGACAGACUGCCUGGUGUCGAGGGGCAUUUGAGAUUCAGGAGAGCAGCUUUGCUAAAGCACACCAGGUGACAGCCUUCAUCAGGAACUAUGGAGCGCACCCACAGAGCUUUGAGCUUGAAACUUUAGUCGCGCUUACCAGAGGCGAGCUCAAUGUAAAUGUACAUUGCUACGAGCCCCAGGACCUCGAGCGCAUGCUCUCUGUGCUCCACGAGUUCGGGGUUCGUCCGCAGGCUUUCCAUCACGCAUUAGAGGCAUGGCAGGUACCAGAACUUUUGAAGCACCUGGAGGAAAACGUCACCAUCGCAACAUUUGCAGAGAAUUCUCUCUUCAAAGCCGAGGCUUAUGGUGCAAAUCUGAGAGGGCCGAAAAUACUGGAUGACCAUGGAGUUAAGGUUGCCUUGAAAUCGGAUCAUACUGGGGAGGAGAAUUACGCAAAGUAUUUAAUGUACCAAGCCGCUGUUUCUCAUUCUUUUGGUCUUCCGGAAGACAAAUCUUUGCAGGCAGUUACAUCCAUUCCUGCUCGGUCGGUCCAGCAGGACCACAGAAUUGGAUAUGUUCGCCCUGGAUACGACGCAGAUUUAGUUAUCUGGGAUGAUCAUCCGCUCCAAGUCGGCGCGACACCGCUCGAGGUCUUCAUCGAUGGUCAUGCCGUUUUGGGUAAUAAUGACUCCGUAGAAGAGCUGAUCCACAGCUCCAACUCUGUAGCGUCGCCAGAUGCUCCAGCGACGAGACCUUCAAUUAUAGAGCACCAGAAACUUGAAAUUUGCUCGAGAGUCCAUAAAUCUCCAUCGAAGCUACUCUUUACAGGUAUUAAGAAAGUCCUAAUUGAUGCUCCAUUUCCCCUCGAAGAUGCAGGCGACGUUGUGUUACUUCUUGAAGACGGUAAGGCUGUAUGCCUUGAUAAGAGAUCCACCUGUCUGUCCACUGAACAAAAGGAACAAAAUCUUACCGAAAUCAGCCUGAACGAUGGCUAUAUUACUCCAGGUCUCGUGGCCUUUGGAAACAACCUUGGAAUCCAAGAUAUCCCAUCUGAGGAAUCUACUGGCGAUGGAUCGACUGGCAGGAGUGCAGAUCCUCUGACUGAACAAAAGAGUCUGCAAUUUGCCAAGUACGGUGUCCAUCUCCAUGGCAGGGCAUUUGAUAGAGGGAGGAUCGGAGGAGUUACCAAGGCAAUCACUGCCCCUCGGUCCAACGGGGGCAUUAUCCAGGGGGUCAGUGUUGGUAUACGUACAAGUGAGACGGGCACAAUUCUUGAGAACGGAAUCUGGAAAGAUGACGUUGCACUACAUUUCACAAUUGGACAAUCAGCUAAAGGUGACGACACACUGACUGUCGGAUCUGGAGUUCAGCGUGUGCGACAGAUACUAGAGGCUGGUCGGGAAGGCAGACAUGGAAGCGUCAGCAUAUAUGUGCAGGCUGCCAAUGGCUCGAUCCCCGUAGUGGUUCGGGCAUACAACGAGGAUGAUAUCUCUCAGCUGAUUCUCAUUAAGCAGGAUUUCCCUUCAGUCAACCUUGUCAUCCAUGGGGCACACGGUGCAGUCUCGGUUGCCAAGCACCUUGCCGAAGCAAACAUACCCGUUAUUCUCACUGGCAAUCGUGGUGCGCCGAAUAACUGGGAAAAGAAAGAUGUUCUCACAGGGCCGCCAUUAACUAAGAGCCCCGCGAGGAUCUUGACCGAUGCCGGUGUGCUGCUAGGCUUAGCCGUAAGCAGCGACUCGAAAGUCCAUGGCCUAGCACAGGAGGCCCGGUGGGCCGGGAAGACGGCCGAUACUUCACAACGGUACACGGGUGACUUUGUUGUGUGGGAAGGGGAUCCCUUGAGAGGGGAGGGCUCGGUUGUUGUCUCUGUUCAGUACGGUGAAAGUGUUGUUGACUGCUGGCCAGACACUAGCAAUGCUGUUCUGUGA